AUGACGUCGUCGCCUAAUAAUGGAGAUGCAAGUUCUCCUGCUUUGUUUUACAAUCCUUCGUCAUCCUCACAACCUGAUACAUAUGAGCGCGAUAGCGCAGAACGAGGCCAUAUGGUAGGAUCUUCUCCCUUUCACUAUCCAUCAUCAUCGCAAUCGCAUCCACAUAGUAAUAAUGGUGAUCCAUCUUCAUCUCAAGGCAGAACUCCGAGGACCGAGCAUUCUCUUCCUUCUUCAUCGCUAUCAUUCACUCAAUCUGGACGGCUGCAACAUUACAGAAGAAGUGAUAUCCAUGCCUCCGAUCUGUCUUCUCCCAGAAGAAUGGUGAAUUUUGAUUCUCCUUCUACAGAUGCCUUUUCUGAGCCAUCAUCAGAGGCCGCUGAGCCAUUGCGGAUCAUUUGGGGUACCAAUGUCUCCAUCCAGGAAGUCACUAAUAACUUUAAGAAUAUGUUGAUGACUUUCAAAUACAAGUAUAGAAAAGCUAAAGACGGACAGUCCCUUGAUAUAAAUGACACUACAGACGAGGAACUAUACUACGUGAACCAGUUACACCAGAUGAGACAAUUAGGUAUUUGUAACCUUAACCUGGACGUAAGAAACUUGAUGGCCUUUUCUGCUACUGAGAAACUCUACCAUCAACUGCUGAACUAUCCACAAGAAGUCAUCUCAAUAAUGGACCAGGCAGUGAAAGAUUGCAUGGUGCAAUUAGCCGUUGACGCUGGAGGCAUAGAAGGAAACAAUGAUCUAGCCGACGUUGAAUCAAAGAUAUACAAAGUUAGACCUUAUAACUUGGAUUCAAGUAAAGGUAUGAGAGAGUUAAAUCCCAAGGAUAUUGAUAAACUGAUCAGCAUAAAAGGUCUAGUUUUGAGGUCAACCCCAAUUAUUCCUGACAUGAAAAUGGCAUUUUUCAAGUGUAACGUUUGCGAUCACACAACCGCUGUUGAGAUUGACCGUGGUAUUAUUCAGGAACCUCUCAGGUGCCCCAGAGUAGCAUGUAAUCAGAGGAAUUCCAUGACAUUGGUACAUAACAGAUGCUCAUUUGCUGAUAAACAGGUUAUAAAGCUGCAGGAAACACCAGAUCUUGUGCCUGAUGGACAGACGCCCCAUUCCGUAUCUCUGUGUGUUUACGACGAGUUAGUAGACAGCUGCCGUGCUGGUGAUAGGGUUGAAGUAACUGGUAUUUUCAGGUGUAUACCUAUCAGAGCUAACCAGCGCCAGAGGGUUUUAAAAUCUCUGUACAAAACAUACCUCGAUAUUGUUCACGUCAAAAAGGUUAAUGAAAAGAGGUUGGGAACCGAUACUUCAACUAUAGAACAGCAAUUGCUCCAAACGCAGGCUGAUAACGUAGAGGAGCUGAGGAAAAUCUCUGAUGAAGAUAUCGAGAAGAUCAAGAAUGUCGCAGAGAGGCCAGACUUAUAUGAUGUACUAGCACGUUCAAUUGCACCAAGUAUUUAUGAAAUGGACGACAUUAAAAAAGGUAUUCUUCUUCAACUGUUUGGUGGUACUAACAAAACAUUCCAGAAGGGUGGAAGAUACAGAGGCGAUAUCAAUAUACUGCUUUGUGGAGAUCCUUCGACAUCCAAGUCACAGAUAUUACAGUAUGUGCACAAGAUUGCACCAAGAGGGGUAUAUACUUCAGGUAAAGGUUCUUCGGCCGUUGGUCUGACUGCAUAUAUUACCAGAGAUGUGGAUACGAAACAAUUAGUGCUGGAGAGUGGUGCCCUAGUGCUAUCAGACGGAGGUGUGUGUUGUAUCGACGAGUUUGAUAAAAUGAGUGACUCGACCAGGUCUGUUUUGCAUGAAGUUAUGGAACAACAGACUAUCUCGAUUGCUAAGGCUGGUAUUAUUACAACCUUGAAUGCCAGGACGUCCAUUCUUGCGAGUGCAAACCCAAUUGGCUCACGCUAUAACCCAAAUCUACCAGUUACUGAAAAUAUUGAUCUUCCUCCACCGCUACUAUCGAGAUUCGAUUUAGUUUAUUUAGUGCUGGAUAAGGUCUCUGAAUCAACUGACAGAGAACUGGCUAAGCACUUGACAAGCCUUUACCUAGAAGACCGGCCCGUUCACGUAUCCCAGUCAGAUAUCCUUCCUAUCGAAUUUUUGACUAUGUACAUAAACUACGCCAAGCAAAAUGUUCACCCUGUCAUAACAGUCAACGCGAAAACAGAGCUCGUGAGAGCCUAUGUGAGCAUGAGGAAGAUGGGAGACGACUCCAGAUCUGACGAAAAGAGAAUUACGGCGACUACAAGACAGUUAGAAAGUAUGAUCAGACUUUCUGAAGCACACGCCAAGAUGAGACUAUCAGAAACUGUAGACGUUGAAGACGUUCAGGAAUCCGUGCGGUUGAUCAGAUCCGCGAUAAAGGACUACGCAAUUGAUCCCAAAACUGGUAAAAUCGAUAUGAACCUCGUCCAGACAGGGAAUUCCGUAAUUCAGCGCAAACUACAAGAGGAUUUGGCCCGAGCAAUAAUAACAAUUCUCACAACACGUACAGCAGAUGUUAUAACCUUUAAUGAACUUGUGAAGGUACUUAACGAGCAGUCCCAAGAAAAGGUCGGUAACCUCGAGAUCUCAGAUGCAUUGUCUCGUCUACAACAAGAAGACAAAGUUGUUGUCUUGGGCGAAGGCGCAAGAAAAUCAAUCCGCUUAAAUGGCAGGGUAUAG